UAAAGUUAUUCAAGAUUUAAGUAUAGCCAAGAGGGAACUAAACCAAGUUAAAAAAGAUUUUAUUAUUUAUAGAGAAAGAGAAAUUAACCUUGAAAAGGCAGAUGAACAAAGAAAUUACAUUAUACCUUCCUUAAAAAAGAAGAUCGAAGCAUUAGAAGAAGAAGCAAACCAAAAUGAGUUGAGAGAGUAUUUUAUUGACCAUGAGGAUAUUGCUAAAACAAUUUCUCAAAGAUACAAUUUACCGACUAAGAAAAUAUUGCUUGAUGAACAACAAAAAUUAUUUUUGAUGUCUGAUAGUCUUCAAAAAGAAAUAAAGGGGCAGACUAAGGCUUUAAGAAUGGUUUCUGACGCCAUUUUUAGGGCCCGAGCAGGAAUUCAGGAUCCUAAACGUCCUCUUGCUUCUUUUCUUUUUGUUGGACCAACUGGGGUAGGAAAGACCCUAGUAGCUUUGACAGUCGCCGAACAACUUUUUGACCAAAAAAGUAAUCUUAUUCGUUUGGAUAUGACCGAGUUUUCGGAGCCGCACUCAAUUAGUAAACUCAUCGGUUCUCCUCCCGGCUAUAUUGGCCAUGAAAAUAAACCGCAAUUAGAAAUUGUUCGUGAAAAAAUGUAUAGCGUAGUGCUUUUUGAUGAAAUAGAAAAAUGUCACCCGGAAAUCGUUAAUAUUCUCCUCCAAAUCUUAGAUAAUGGUUUUCUUACUUUAGCAAAUGGUCGCGAAGUUAAUUUUCGAAACACCAUUAUCAUUUUAACCACUAACUUGGGUUCAAAAUUAUAUUUUGAGGAUAGAGAAAAAAGCGAGUUAGAAGAGGAGUUGGAUUUCGAAUUAAAAAAUCAUUUUCCUCCUGAAUUUCUCAACCGCUUGGAUGAAAUAGUUUUUUUUAAUUCUUUAACAGAAGGAGUAGUUAAAGAGAUUAUUAAUAAAGAAUUGAAAACUUUUACUGAGCGGGUUGAACAGGAGAAGGGAAUUGAAAUAGGAUACAAUAAAGAAAAAAUAAUAAAAAAAAUCCUUCAGAAUACUUAUUUAAAAAAUCCCCAUGAUGGUGCUCGGCAGAUUAAACAUUAUAUAGAAAGGGAAAUCGGCACCUUGGUUGCUCGGGGAAUUGUUUCUCAGUUUCUUCAUUUUAGAGGUAGUUAUCUUUUAGAUUUAGAAGAGGGAACUGAUGAGAUUAAAAUCAGUAAAAUUUAUUCAUUAGAAUCAAAGAAAAAUUUGUUAAAAGAGAAAUAUGAAUAG